GUGGUCAUGUCAUUCCUCAGGUACAUAUCCGGGUUCCCGCUGCCUGAAGGUGCGGCGACACUUUUCCGGUUCACUCUCAGUCCAGAAGAACUUCCUGUUGGUGACAUGGCGUCUCUCUGGGAUGACUUGGACAGUCUCGUGAACACCCCAUCCUCCUUCAUGGAAACAAACGGGGCAAGAGGAACCAUCAAGCCCAAAGCCGACUUCGAUGCCGGCGACGACGUCGAGGCUCUGAGGAAGGCCAUCGAAGGACUCGGCACCAAAGAGAAGACCCUGAUCGACAUUCUGACCCACCGCAGCAGCGCUCAGCGGCAGCUCAUCUGUGAAGCUUACCAGGAAGCCACCGGCAGAACGCUGGUGGACGACCUGCGAGGAGACACCAGCGGUGACCUGGAGGAGCUGCUGGUGGCGCUCGCUACGCCGCCCGCCACGCUCGACUGCCACGAAGUGAUGCGUGCCAUGAAGGGAGCCGGGACCACGGACAGCACCCUGAUCGAGAUCUUUGCCUCCAGGUCCAACCAGCAGAUCAAAGCCCUCACCGAUGUCUAUCUGGAGGAAACGGAGAAGAAGUUGACCCUCGACCUGAAGACGGAAGUUUCUGGAGACUUUUCAGACGCGCUGCUCCUCCUGGCCGAGGGCAAGAGAGACGAGAACACCACGGUGGACACGGAGAAGGCCAAAGAGGACGCCAAGACCCUCUACGAAGCCGGGGAGAAGAAGUGGGGAACGGAUGAAUCUAAAUUCGUGGACAUCCUCUGCCAGAGGAGUGUUCCUCAACUCAGGCAAACGCUGGUUGAGUACAAGAACAUCAGCGGGAAGACACUGCAGCAGAGCAUCGAGGGGGAGAUGUCGGGGGAUCUGGAGGAGCUGCUGGUGGCCAUCGUGAAGUGUGUGAAGAGCGUGCCGACCUACUUCGCAGAGCGGCUGCAUGAGAGCAUGAAGGGCGCGGGAACCGACGAGUCCACUCUGAACCGGAUCAUGGUGAGCCGGUCUGAGAUCGACAUGCUGGACAUCAGGGCCGAGUUCAAGAAGCUCUACGAGUACUCUCUGCACUCCGCCAUCAAGUCGGACCUGUCAGGCGUCCUUGGCGACUGCGUGGAGUCCAUCUGUGGAGGAGACGACUAAAUAACACCUGGAGGACAACACUGCACCUCCUCUGCUUCUUUUCAUCUUCACACCACUAACCAAGAGCUUGUAAUUUGGUCAAACUGGAGUGUUUAAUACAACAUUCUGUUCUGUUUCAGUCUGAUUGCGGAGGGAAAUAUAAAAAGACUCUGAAAAAGCUUUGUGGAGGAGAUGAUGAUGAUGAUGAUGAUGAGUAACCACUUCCUGGACUUUAUUUAUUGUUUAUUUGUAUACGUUUCUUCUGGCAACUCUCAGGGCAUGGAAGAUUAUAUAAAAAUACAAAUGUGUUGCAUUAUCUCAAGGUUAAAAAUAUUGUACAGUAAUAGAUUGACACUUAUUUAAUGGACUUUUUUGCGGAGUUUAUUUACUGAAUGGGGAAAUUAAUCAUUAAAUUAUGACUAUCAGGUUUAUUCUGCUUCAGUCCUGGUUGUGACGCUAUUAAUUGAAUAAUGGACUUGUCUUUAAAAAAACAUUUCUGAAUCAGCUAAAUUAUAUAUUCCUUUAAUAGGAAAACGAGGGAAAUUAUCAAAAAUAUUUGUCAAUUUCUGCCCGAAACUCCUUUACCACAACAAUAAAAGACCAAUUAAAACAGAUUAUUAUUUUAAAAGUCAGUGGAAAUAAAAAAAACUGCUGCAGUUUGUACUUCUAAAUGGAUAAAAUACUAUUUCAUCCUUUCGUAUCUGACUCGGCUCUUUCCUCUUCUCUCCUUGUAUCUUUUUUGACUUGCAGAAAUAAAUAAAAAGCUCAUGAAAAGUU